AAGUGUGUGGCCAGAUAAAAUAAAAUGUGGUUUUGAUAAAAUAAAAUGUUUCUAAAAUUUCUAUCUUUUGUCCUGCUCGUUAAUGCCUCGAAUGGGGCAUUAUUAUAUCGAGAUGAUAUUGAUACAUUGGUUGAUUAUGUGAAUGAUUACAUUAAUUAUACAAAUUACUAUACACUGCCCACCGACAAUUCUGAUUCUGUAAGUGUUACCGAUGAGACUAUUUAUGAGCAUGGAUCCUAUGACUUCGUUAUCGUCGGUGGAGGCACUGCAGGAUCACUCCUGGCCAGAAGAUUAAGCGAAGUUUCAGACUGGAAGGUACUGGUACUAGAAGCUGGUUCGAACGGCAACGAUUUUACUGAUAUUCCUUUUAUGAAUCUGUUUACAAGAAAUUCUGAAUUUAAUUGGGGCUACAAAACAGUACCACAAAGUAACAGUUGUUUAGGAAUGGUAAACAAACAAUGCGUUUAUCCUACAGGAAAAGGCUUAGGAGGAACUUCAAUCAUAGGAGACAGUGUAUAUGCAAGGGGAAACAGAGCCGAUCUUGAUGAAUGGGAAUCAUUAGGUUUAGAUGGAUGGGGUUACGAGGACCUUCUUCCAUAUUAUAAGAAGACUGAAAAAAUCGAAAUAAAAGACUACGAAAAAGAUUAUCAUGGAACUGACGGAUUACUUCGAGUCAACUACACAUAUCCCAAUCCCUUAGACUAUGAUGCAUACUUGGAGGCAAGUCAAUUGUCAGGUCUAAAGAGCCUGGAUUAUAACGGAAAAAAUCAAAUAGGUAUCUCCAAAUUCCAAUGGACUGUUGCUUUUAACACAAAAGUUACAGCAGGAAAUGCCUUCCUCACACCAAUUCUAGAUACAUAGACCAACUUAGAAGAUGUGCUGAAUGCAUUUGUUACCAAUAUCAAUUUUUCUGACUUAAAA